AGCAGACAGAAGAUCAUCCGUGUUCAAAUGACUGGAGUCGUGUCUACGACGAUCCUCAUGGGAGUAGUUCAGCAACUACUCAGAGAAUACCCCCUCAACAGGAGGCGCAUCUUACUUCGCAUGAUGCAAAAAGGAACACCUAGAAAGUAAAUGAAUGGUGCUAUUAGCUUUUUUGUGUGGCAUAGC